GCUUUAGUCAUUGCAGCUGAUAAGGAGCGACAGCUAAUUUUUGCUGCGCGCAUUAUCGGGCCCUGGCACCGCAUUCUGAUGCUCCUGGCACCUCGACGUCGUCAGGACUGCAGCUGCAUAUCGAACAACUGCUAUAUCAAUGAUGAACGUGUAUACAUAUAAGUAUUAUCUGCGUCUGUAUUGUAUAAUAGACUCUGCAUGGCCGUGGAGUCACGUGAUUGAGAAAACACAUACUUUUUCGCGAGUAAAAUCAAAUGCUUAUGUGCUUUUUCAAGUUUUACCGAAUACCAAAUAAUCAAUACGCAACAGCUGACUUUUUUUCUAAAUAAUAUUUUUGAUCUAAGUCAUAAUUAGAAGAUCGAAGAGUUGGACAAAAAAUGUCCUAUCAAAGUUCUUUCCAUUUCAAAACAGCAGACGAGAUACAAAAUAUUUAGCAGACGUCGAAAACGAAACACGUGCAGAAACGGCAAUUGAUCCGCCGUAAUAAGUACUUACAUACAUAUAUUGCACAGCGACUCUAAGCGAUCUCUGACGGCCGACGGGCUCACCCGAUAAUAUAGCGCAAUGCGCAGGCAUUAGGCAACGAAGAUAGGUUAUGCGCACGUAUGUAGAAUGUACAUACAUGGUGCAACACACCCACACACGCCGAGAUCUUUGCCUGUGAAAGUAUGUGCAGAAUUUAAAAUCUACGUUCUUUCCGUCUCACGAGAGAGAUCAAUAGUGUCGCGUCUCACGAGGUUCGUCGCAAGUCUUCCAGUGCGUUUUAUUUUGACUAAGAAAGUCGAGGCGACUUGGGAAUAGGAUGCUUUUGUGCAGUCAAUCCUUUUGCCUGUUGUCUGAGAUUUCGGACGGAGGUGUCUGAUAUGCGCCGAGUCGUCGCUGAUAAUCGCAUGCAGAUGAAAGCACAACAGUGAGCGACACCGACAAUGCGCACACGAGGGAAUAUUCGUGAAUUCUAAAAGAGAAAGAUCAAAAACUAUAUUCUAAAUCGAGAUGUUAACAAUGUGAUUGCUGUUGAGUCAAUUGGCAAGGAUUCUUUUAUGUUGAUUAUAUGUAAAAACUGAAUGAAUAUUUUUAGAGCUUAGCAUUAUGGCUAAGAAUGUAGAUGACAAGUUGACAAGAGAGGAUUUUGAUGCUGGUCCUUCAAGUUAUGACGAGAUAGAGCCAAAUUUAUAUUUGGGAAAUUUAACAGCUGCUACAGAUAUAGACUGGCUGAAACAGACAAAGAUCACUCAUAUUCUCACUGUGGACUCCUGCCCAUUGCCUAGAAAAAUACAAGAUGCUUUACCUGAUAUAAAGUUGAAGUACAUGCAGUUAACAGAUAUGCCCAGAGAGGAUCUAUUGACUUCCUUCGGAGAUUCUAAUCAGUUUAUUGAUAAUGCACUGGAGUCGGGUGGUAAGAUACUGGUGCAUUGUUACUUUGGAGUGUCACGCUCUGCAACCAUUGUUAUUGCUUACCUUAUGAAAAAGUACAGUUUACCUUUUUCAAAUGCUUUUGAGGCUGUGAAAGAAAAACGUCGUUUUGUUGGUCCAAAUGCAGGUUUCUUAGCUCAGCUUAAACUGUACGAAGACAUGGGCUUCACGGUAGACUGUUCAAAUUUACAGUUUAAAAUGUACAGACUGCAAAUUGCAGCAGACAAGGUUAGAAAAGCUAGGAUACUACCUCAGAACUAUCUAGAUCUUAUUAAACCAGAUCCGGCACUUCUCACCACUCAUCCAGAACCAACAGUUUAUCGAUGCAAGAAAUGCAGAAGAAUUGUAGCUAAUGCAAGCAACAUUUUACCCCACAAGCCAAAAGAGACCCAGAUUUGGCGGCAUGUUAGCUCCAAGAAGUAUGAUAAAUCACCAAAGCAAAUCAAAGCUACCAAAAAACCUGAGGAAAAGGAGAAGAAGGUGGAUGAAGAAGUCAGUACUGAACCUUGUAACAAGACUUACUUCAUCGAGCCCCUGGCAUGGAUGCCUGACAUAUUGCACAGAGUAGAUGGUAAACUCAAUUGCCCUAAAUGUACUUCUAAGCUUGGUUCCUUCAGUUGGAUAUCAGGCUGUCAGUGUCCAUGUGGUUGCAAGAUUGCACCAGCUUUUUAUCUCAUACCCUCCAAAGUAGAUUGGAGCAAUGCUGUGCAAAAUGUUCAGUCAACAGUCUAGGUUUGUCAAGUCAAGUCUCAGAGACAGAAAAACAUCAAACCAAGAGGAUUUAUUAAUAUUAGGAAAUAUUGGACGGACGAUAUCAUGAUUCUAAAAGAUUUUUGCAUAUGUUAUAUCUAAAAGUAUAAGAUGUAUAGUUGAAUAUAUAUGUAUUUUUACUCGUUGAAAAUUGAUGAAAUUUACCAGAUCAGAAUGUACAAAUUACUCUCUUGAGUAUAUGAAAAAAAAGAAAGUUAUUGCUCACUUCUAAUUUAGAAGCAUGGCUAUGCUUAUUAAGCAGUAAUUUAUGAACAUAAAAUGUAAAAGCCAAGCAAAAGCAGAAAAUCAAAAGUUGAUAAAUAUUCAGCACAUUAUAGCAGUAUACAAGACUUUAAGUAGUUAUAUUUCUAUAGGUAUUUGAGAAUUCUACUAGUUAGAUCCACAUAAAAUUAAUAAAGCAAACGACUGAGAAAGAUGUUUGGUAUAAUAAUAAUUGAUUAAGAAAUUCAUGAAAGCUCAUGAGGAAAGCUGCAAAACAGUUCUAUAAGUAUAUAGAGUUUCGUUAGAAAUUUUUUUACAACAAUUUAAAUCAUGUGCCAAGUUCUUGCAUGUUUAUUUAUUGAUAAACAUUCGAUUGUCAUUGGUGGGACGUUUUGUGGUAUAUGAAAAAAAUCACAUGUUGUUGUUAUUAUUAAACGUUCUUUUGCUAUGUAUUUCACUUAAACUACGCAAUCUUAUACAAUAAAUAAGUUAUAUAACUUUGUUAUUUGAUCAUCUAACAAA